UAUGCUUAUCUUUCUGACUUGCAAAACAUGGGCCUAUUUCUAAUCUCUCUUUUGAAGAAAUGACUUCUGGGUGAAAAAAAAAAAAAGAACUUCUCUAAAAGAUCACAUGUGCUUAUCAUAGCAGCUAAGACUGUAGUGGGGGAACAUCCCACAAACUCAAUAACCCAUGCCAAAUCAAGAUUCAAAGUAAGUGCAACGUAACAAAGAGCAAUCCAGUCUUUGAGGCUUUAUUAACGUGCAACUGAAGAAAGAUCAGAGGGAGAUCUAAUCUGACGGAGUGCUUACAAGCAAAAUGGAUAACCCGCUGGUUUUAUCCUCUCAGCUAAAUUCUGCAUCAAGAGUGAAAUCACUCUAUAAAAUCAUGAAAUCCCUGAAUAAAGAGGGGGCAAAGCCAGAUACAGGAAGCAGGUCUCUCGAAAAGAGGAACCGGCUAAGUCUCUUGCAUAAGUUUGAACUGCACCCAAAUAUGAAUUUUGACAAAUUUGAAAAACUAGCAAAGGAAUCAAGUGAGUCUCCUGAAACUGUAAAAAAAUGGGCUGAAUCUUUUGACCAGCUAAUUUCUCACAAAGCUGGCUUAGAUGCAUUCAUCAAGUUCCUAAGAAGUGAGUUUAGUGAAGAGAACAUUGAAUUUUGGAUGGCAUGUGAAGAGUAUAAGAAAAGCAAAGAUGCCUCCCAACUUCUACUCAAAGCAAAGACAAUUUAUGAAACAUUCAUUGAAAGUGAAUCACCAAAAGAGGUCAACCUUGAUUUUAAUACCAAAGUCUCUGUAAGUCAGAAUAUGGUUCACCCAACACACAACAUGUUUGAUGCUGCACAGAAUAAAAUUCAUGCCCUGAUGGAACAAGACUGUUAUCCACGCUUCCUAAAGUCUAACCUUUACUUAGACUUACUUCAUGGCAGACCUUUUGGCUGUUCUGCUCUUAGACGGAGAUCACGUUCUUUUACUUUCAAUGACUUCAAAGAUGCCCAGCCAGAUUUUGCUGUCUGGCUGUAAAAAUUAAUUUCCCUUUGACUCCAUCUUCAUGCCAAUGAAGGGGCAUCAUUGCCUCAGAUAGUUUACGUGAAGGUAGUUGUCACAGAACCCACAGAAUUGUUUCCAUUGUGUUGUGUUGUGUUGUAUUGUAUUGGUAGAUGAUCAGAUUCAAAAAAUUCAAGUUUCACUUCCUGCAUGGAUAGCCAACAACUUUUUAUUCUCAGUUCCUCUCCAUAAAAUUUGUCCUACUGUUUCUGGGCUGCAAAAAUUUGAAUGACUGUAAGAGAGGAA